CAGCAACAAUCGCGGUGCGUGCCGUCACCUACGGUCAGCGACUUUCCGAUCUGACGGCUGAGCCUUCCAAAGACCUCAGACUCGAUUCACGAUGUGCCAUCGCUCACCGUCGAUGUUACAUCCUCUCCGGCCGCGGUCCGAUCUUCUCGUGCUCGCGCUUCGAGAUGGAGCUGCCGCGCAGACGCGAUGCAGCCAGCCGGCCAGCCGGCACCCGCCAGCGGCAGCCCCCGUCCCGUCUCCUCCCCACCGUCGCACACACUGCCGCUUAUUCGGGAUGUUCCCACAGGGUUAACUCUCUCGCUCUCUCUCGCUCUAUCUCGCUCUCUCUCGCCCAGCCACUGCUGUCUCUGCCUUCGCAUUCCACGACACGUGCACCGACUCAUGGGACCAACGUAUGUGCCUCCGUGACACCAGCUGCUGAGUCCAGCCAGACAUUCCCUUUCUCCUCGCUCUUCGCGUCGAACACCGCACAUUGUCGCCAUACCUUUUUGUUAUUUUCCAUAUUCUCGGGAUACCCCUCCUCGUCGUGCGGCCCGUGGAUCCGGCCCAAGUGAAAUCCACAUACCAGGAUCUCUAGAGCGAUCAGUCCGUCGCGCGGCUUCCUCCGGCUCUCCCACCUGCUUCCCAAGUGAAAUUCACUCCAUCGAAAUUCGCACCUGAUGGCUUUGCUCCCGUCGAUUGCGCGGCGUCCUCGGCUGUCGCCAGUGGCGAUCCUUUCCUUCGUCGUCGCGAUCGUCGCAGCGCGCCUCCCCUCCGGCGACGCGAUUCGCCUCGCCGCGUCGCCCGAUGCGACCAUCCUCAAGUCGCAGCUGGACAUUCUCCGUCAGCUCGGCGUGCAGUCAGGCAGCGGCUUCGCGGGGUUCAAGUCGUGGACGGCCGCCGGCAGCCCCGCCAAGUGCGCCAAGUACCUGGGAGUGACGUGCGACGCGGAGGGCAGGAUUACCGCCAUCAACGUGACAGCAGCCAGUUUCGCCGCGCCCAUCGACGCUAUCUCCAAGCUCGGCGCGCUCGAAUCCCUCGACUUGAGUUACAACAGGGAUGUGGGAGCGUUGCCACAGUCACUGACCAAGCUCAAGAAGCUCAAGCACCUCAAUGUGUACCACUGUUGGAUCGAGGGGGAAAUCCCGGACUUCCUAAGCCAACUCACUGCCCUCACAUACUUGAGCAUUGGCGAUAACCCGUUAGUAGGAGUUGUUCCUCCCAGCAUUGGCAGCCUUGUCAACCUCGUCUCCCUCAACAUCGCCAGAACAGGGGAGGACGGAGUGAGAGGCGCCUUGCCCUACACGCUUGCCAGACUGACGAAGCUGAAAGAACUCUAUCUGCGCAACAACGGCUUUAAGGGCCGCCUGCCAGACUUUAUUGGAGGGCUCACCAACCUCGAGAAGCUCAUGGUGAGCAAGAACAACUGGGAGGGCCCCAUUCCCACAUUCCUUUCCAAGCUUAAGAAGCUCAAAUACCUGGGCCUUCGCGAAACGGCCUUUGAAGGCAACAUACCGACAUUCCUUGCAACGCUUGACAAGCUCACAUACCUGUCCCUCUCCGAAACGAGGCUGUCCGGGGAGGUGCCAAAGGCCCUUAACGCUCUGGUCAGCCUGAAAGAGCUGUACAUCAACAGUGCCUGGUUCUAUGGCCCCUUGCCCAACCUCAGCAGCCUCAAGAAGCUCACAUUGAUUGACCUUGCUGACAAUUUUUUCUCGGGUCCGGUCCCCUCCUUCCUGCUGCGCGUCCCGGUCGUCAGCAUGGGCGGCAACUAUUUCUCCGGCUCGGCCACCGCCCUCCCCUGCGCCGACCACUUCACGCUGGGCGGCAACUGCCUCUCCGCCGGCCCGACCAAGUGCGGCGGGCCCGCUGCCCAGAAGACCACGGCUGAGUGCAACAAGUUUUGCGGGACGGCCAUGGCUGCUGGGGCGUGCAGUGGGAAGGGUGUGUGUAUGCCGGAUGUAGAGAAGAUACCUAGCGCGGAUGCUUUUGCACCCAUCUGCAAGUGUGAGAAGGGUUAUUGGGCUUCUCACAAAAAGCUGAGGUGCUCCAAUAACAACACGUGAACGGUGAUAAAAUGCACCACUAUAGUGAAAAGCUCAUCUAGUGCUAUAGUUGUACGGAAGAAAUGAAUAGCGCUGAUUGUUCAGCCUUCGCAUGAUAAAGUGGUGUGACGAAUACCUCUGAACUGUACAACUGCUUAGUUUCUUGUGCCCACAUUUUUAUAUCCU